GCUGGAGAAAUCGAUUUUUUUUUGGAGGGGGGGGGCAUGCUUCUCCUUCAAUUUCACCCUCGCUCGACUAUGUGGUAACUCCACUCAUUCGAUUCUUCAUUUUCAGAGUGGUCUGCUUUUGUGGUCCAAAGAACGUUACUAAAGGAGGGAUGCACGUCGUUUGAACAAGUCAAUUGAAUCUACAGCUUCAUUGUGAAGCUUGACAGUGAAGGGAGCCAGCUGCACGUUUGAUUGUUUAUCCUCUAAAUUUACAACGUCUGCGUCGACAUAUUUGGUCUGUUUUUGUCCAGCCAGAGAGGAAGUAGCCUUAAAAAGGAGUAGCCUACGACGGUCCCUGAAAUAAUUUGGGGAAACGCUGCGAAGCGUGCCUCGACUUUCUUACGAUCUGUGAGGUUGUUGGCAAGACGUUGGUUCCACUCCGGUUUCAGUGUGUUUGUGAUCCGGUGAGUGAGACCGUUGCCGGGCCUACAAGGGAUGAAACCGGAUGGGGUUGCCAUGGAGCCCACAGAAGCUGUAGGAGCCGAACCCUCGACCCAGGGGAUGGCCACCGACGAGAUGCCCGCCCAGCCAGCCCCUUCAACUUCCCCAACCCCUCCAUCACAGCCCGAAGACACCCAAAACAGCACAGCGCAGCCUGAAAACCCUACAGCGCCCCCUGUGUCCAAGGAGGUCAAUGGCAAGGCAGCAGCUAAACCCAAGGCUAAGACCGUGGGCUUGGCUAAACAGCGGCCAGGCACAGCUGGCACCAAGGCCACAGCGGGUCCGGCGUCAGGACCCAGCACUUCUCGUCCGGGCACGGCCCCAAGCCACAUGGCCAAUGGCUUAAAGUCCACAGCUAGUGACCUGGCCAAGAAAGCAGCUUUGGACAAAAAGAAGACCACCACUAUCGCAGCCGGAGCAUCGGCGUCCGCUGCAGCCACGAAGAGGUACGUGGGGCCGGCCGCCGCUUCCACUGUCAGGACCCAAACUAAGGUGGCUGACAGGAAGGCUGUCGGAGUACCCAGGUCCACCUCUGCUACCAGGACUGCGGCGAUGGGUCCUGGCACUCCAACGAGGAGACCUCCUGCUGCUGGUCCCAUUAAUGGGGCCGGGGCCAGACCCAAAACCACAGCUUCCAGACUUGCAGCCUCAGCUGCCCCCAAGCCUUCCAGCACUGCAGUCACGGCCAAACCCAAUAGGACGACGGUUUCCAAGACAACCAGGCCUGCCACUGGUCACACUGGCCUGUUGAUGGGCACAUCCAAGCCAGCCACUGCCGGCUACAGCAGACCUGCAGCUUCCAGAGUCGGCACCACAGCCCCCUCUACUGGCAGGACUACCACAGUGCAGGCACCCAAACCUACAGGCCCUGCCAAGAAAGAUGUCAGCAGACCAGCAACCACUGCCGCAGCCAGAAAGCCGGCAACAUCCGCCACUAACAAAACGACCAAACCUGACCCCCCUAAAGCGAAUGCAGCCUCCAGACCCGAGCCCGCCUCCAAAAGGGCCCAUCCCACCAAGGCGACAGACCCCAAGCCAGCCCGCCCUAUAGCACAGGACCCCAAGCCCCUGCCCACACGUAAAGCCCCUCCCACCACAAGGCCCCCUGCCACCCGACAGCCCCAGGGCAAGACCCCCCCUGCCUCCCCCAGCAACAAGCCUGUGGGCAGCACCGCCCCCAGUUGGUCAAACAAGCCUCCAAACCAACCCAGUCUGUCCUGCCCUUCACUGCCAGACCUGGAGCUCCCAAGUCUGCAGCUGCAGGAGUGGCAGCUGCAGCAGCUGCUGUGGCAACAGUUGCAGCAGCAGAGCCAGAAGUGGCCGCUUCAGAAGUCCCAGCACCAGUGUCUGCGUUUUCACCAGCAGUGGCCCUGGAGCCCAGAGAAGAGGUUUCAGCCCCAACUCCUCAGGAUACUACUUCUCCAUCUCCACCACAGAGCCCACUCAGGCUGGCUCCUGCACCACCACAGGGCUCACUAG